AUGAACGGUACCACACGAACUUUGAAUGAGACCGCGGUGCGUUUGUUUGCUAAACAGCACGUUGGUUCGUAUCUCAACACGUACUGGGACGGGCCCGUGAACGGCAGCUACGGCUACAACGCCUCCGAGUUCCGCUCGCUGAUCCAGCGUAUCCAGACCAUCUCCAUGGAGGAGAAUGGAGGCCAUCCCAUCAUUUACGGUAUUGACUCCGUACACGGCGCCAACUACGUGGACGGGCCUGUGCUGAUGCCCCAGCAGAUCAACAGCGGUGCUAGUUUCAACCCCGACCUGGUCUACGAGGUGGCUCGCAUCACUGCUCGUGACACUGAGGCUGCUGGGAUCAGCUGGGUGUUUGGCCCCAUCCUGGAUAUCUCGCAAAACACGCUGUGGUCGCGCACGUACGAGACGUUUGGCGAAGACCCGUACUUGGUUUCCGUCAUGGGCGCUGCUCUCGUCCGUGGUCUUCAGAGCUACAACCAGACGGCUGCGUGCAUCAAGCACUUCGUCGGGUACUCCAAGACGCCCACGGGGCACGACCGAGACAAUGUGAACAUGCCGGACUUUGACCUGCUGAACUACUUCCUACCACCGUUCAAGGCUGCUUUUGAGGCCGGCGCGCUGACAACGAUGGAGAACUACAUUUCCCUCAACGGCGACCCCGUCGUCGCCAGUUCGAGGAUCCUGAACGACCUCCUUCGAUCGGAUCUGGGGUUUAACGGCGUUCUACUCUCGGACUGGAACGAGAUCUACAAUCUACACGACUUCCACCGCGUGUCGGCUACUCGUGAAGAAGCUGUCGGGACGUCUUUGAAACAAACAUCUAUCGACAUGAGCAUGGAGACUCGCCUGCGUGAGUCGGCCAAGCGAAUCAUUAAGCUGAAGCUGCAGCUCGGUCUGUACGACAACCCGGUGCCUGGCAAAGAGUAUGUGUCGAUGGUGGCAAAUGAGAAGGACAAGGAGACUGCGUUGGAGAUGGCGCGUGAGUCCAUCGUACUCCUGAAAAAUGAAGAUGAUGUGUUGCCACUGCCGAAAAAUGCGUCCGUAUUCCUCACUGGCCACUCAGCUGAUAAUGUUGGACUGCAGUGCGGUGGCUGGACGUUCAUCUGGCAAGGUUACUCCGGUAACGACAUGUUCAACAACGGUAUUACCGUCCGCAAGGGCUUGGAGAACCUGGUGGGUAACGACUCUUUCACGUAUUUCAACGGGCUUCAGGUGAACGGGUCGAUUUCUAAUGCCGACCUUGCCAAGGCCGUGGAGCUCGCCAGCCAACAUGAGUACACCGUCGCAGUUAUUGGGGAGCCCAACUACACGGAAAAGGCUGGUGACAUUUUCGAUCCGACUCUGCCUGAGGGUCAACAAAAGUACAUUGAGGCACUCGCUGCAACGGGGACAAAGGUCGUCGUUGUCCUGUUUGAGGGUCGUCCGCGUCUGCUUGGCUCAAUUCCGGAUAACGCUGCGGCCAUCAUCGAUGGCAUGCUGCCCUGUGAGCUUGGGGGUCAAGCCAUGGCUGAAAUUCUCUACGGAGACGUGAACCCCAGUGGCAAACUGCCGAUCACUUACCCGAAGGACCCGGCCAACACCGCCAUCCCCUACAACCACCGCGUCACAACGCGUUGUAUGUGGGACAACUGCUGGAUGCAGUGGGACUUUGGUGCUGGCCUCAGCUACACGAAAUGA